CGAAGCAAACAGAUGAACGUUCGCAGGUCAUUUACCAGGCUAUCCUAACUAUUCAAUCGAAUUCGUAAAGUUUGGAUGCUCAACAAGGGGCCAGCCAAAGUUCAUUUAUUGGGGGCGUAGGGGCAUCUAGUUCAAAGUCGACCGCAUCUGGAAAUUCACAAAUGUCUCAUAUAUUCCUUCUAAAUCUAUAAACUACUACUUUCAGGGGUGCUUUCUCUAUCAAAACUUGAGUUACGUUAGGAAAAUGGGUGGGGCAAAGAAUGGGUCAAACGUCAUGGACCUGUACAAGAAGCGAAGAACAGUGACAUCUGUAUGGAGGCCGGUCUCCACUCAAUCGAGUUCUUCUGAAGGACACUCAGAAAAGGAUGCGAAGGCAGAUGAAGCAGUUGAUUGCAAUAUGAAGUCUGAUGUUGGAAUUCAAGCUGAAGCACUGCAUUGUAAAGCAUCUACUUGCAGUUCAGAUGUGCAGAAUUCCAGCUGGAACACUGAACCAACGAUUGAGCAAGCUGGCCCAUCAACUCUGAGCUCCAGUGAACUGCAAUGCAGUGAUCAGUCUGAAACUGUGGAAGAAAAAACAUUUAUAAUGUCUGCACAUGUGGUGGCAGAAAACUUGUCUCAGAAUCAGCACAAUGCUAUUGAGCCAAAGUCUGGAGAGACUAUGACUAUCUAUCAGGAGCAUGUUAAAGGGGAUGACAGGGCUGGAAAGCAUUCAAUUUCUAUUGAGGUAGAUGCAUCGUUGAUUCGUUUCAUAAAAGGAAAAGGGGGCUCAACACAGAUGCAAAUCGAGGAAGAGGUCGGAGUAAAAAUUAUUUUCCCAUCUUCUAAGGAGGAGAAUUCUAUUGUCAUUGAAGGCACUUCCAUUGAGAAUGUAACUAAAGCUUCAGAGAAAAUACAAGUUGUGCUUGAUGAGGCAAUUAAAAGCCCAAAGCUUGACUACUCUCACUUCAUAUCUCUUCCGCUGGCUAUCCACCCAGGACUGGUAGAAAAGUUAAAUGCUUUUCAGAAUUCCAUACUGGGGAAUCCCGAGUCUAGCCAAGAUGCUAACCUGGACAGUGAUUCAAAUGAAGAUAGUUCAGAUAAUAGAGAAGAUAGGGACAAACAGUUAGCUGGAGGCCUGAGUGUUUCGGUUAACCUUAAAGUUCAAGAUGAUAAUGAACAUGUUAAAGUGAAGAUAAAUGAUAUAAUUGCCACGAGUUAUGCUCCCAAAGCACCAAGAUCUCCUGUCUUAUCUGACUCGGGCAUUGACAGAUCCAUAUUUACCAAACCAAAAACCUUUCACUUAACUGUCCUCAUGUUGAAAUUGUGGAACGAGGAACGUGUUGCAGCAGCUACUGAGGUUCUGCAGAGUAUCUCCUCAAAAGUCAAGGAUGCUUUGGGUGGCCAACCUGUUUCUAUAAGGCUUAAAGGACUGGAGUGCAUGAGAGGCUCACUUGCGAAGGCCCGUGUUCUAUAUGCUCCAGUUGAAGAAAUUGGUGGCGAGGACCGCUUGUUACGUGCAUGUCAAGUCAUUAUUGAUGCGUACAUUGAAGCUGGCCUUGUUCUCGAAAAGGAUGCUCACCAAAAGUUAAAGCUUCAUGCCACCCUGAUGAAUGCAAGGCACAGAAAAGGGAAGAAGAUGACGAGAAGAUAUGAUUCAUUCGAUGCUCGGGGCAUUUUUAAGCAACAUGGGUCCGAAGAAUGGGGCGAAUAUCUCAUACAUGAGGCCCACCUGUCGCAGAGGUUUGUUUUUGAUGACAAUGGAUAUUACCAUUGCUGUGCUUCAAUUCCCUUUCCAGAAGAGAUAUAAAUUGAAUAAUUUUUGUUUUUCCUGUUGUUGUGGACUAAUCCAAGAUGUUCAAUUCUUGUUCUUAGAUGAUGUAUGAUCGUCCUACUUAUUAGAAGAACAUGCUCUGUAAAUUAUAAUCGCUGUUUCGUUGCAGAUUAACAGUUUUACUAGUGA